GUGCGCCACAUUGUACACGUCACACAGGAAGCUGUGCCAGCCAAUAGGAAAGAGUCUAACUCACUGUGCCUGUCACGUGGUCUCCGGCUACAACGACUAGGCUACACGAUAUUGCUAACACGAAACAAGAUGGGUACUCACGCAUUGGAACCAUCCUUGUACACUGUAAAAUCAAUUCUCAUCCUGGACAACGAUGGAGACAGACUUUAUGCCAAGUAUUAUGAUGACACGUACCCCACAGUGAAGGAACAGAAAGCUUUUGAGAAGAACAUAUUCAACAAAACGCACAGGACUGACAGUGAGAUAGCAUUCCUGGAAGGCCUGACUGUUGUUUACAAGAGCAACAUAGACCUCUUCUUUUAUGUUAUUGGAAGUUCACAAGAAAAUGAGCUUAUGCUUAUGGCUGUUCUCAACUGCCUUUUUGACUCUCUCAGUCAGAUGCUGAGAAAAAAUGUUGAACGCAGAGCUUUGUUGGAGAAUAUGGAGGGGCUCUUCCUUGCUGUGGAUGAAAUCGUAGAUGGGGGGGUGAUACUUGAGAGUGACCCCCAGCAAGUUGUACACCGCGUGGCCCUCAGAGGGGAUGACGUGCCUUUGACUGAACAGACCGUUACUCAGGUCCUACAGUCUGCCAAAGAACAGAUUAAGUGGUCCCUUCUACGAUAGUCUGACCAGAAGAUCCACUGUACAGCACUGAUCCACAUCCUCCUUAUUCCUCUCCUACAAUCACAGCUUGACACAUCCAGUCAUACCUCCACUUCAAUUUUGAAUACUUUUUUGUGUGACAUUUAGAACAGCAGGAUAAAAAGAUAAGGUGUACAUUCCAGUACGCGGGUUGAACUGUUUUAAUUAUGUAAAUCAGCGUAUUGCUCCAUGACAUCUUAUAAACCUUAUUGUAACCGGGGACAACAUUCCACGCCUUUCCCCCACUUUUGCUUUAUCAUGUGUUGUCAUUGUUUUGUGAUGAAUCAUUUUGCAUUACGCCUCCUAACAUGUACAUCAUGUACUGCAAUGUUCAUCACCGGUUUCCAGGGAUUAUUUUAACUUGCCUUCUUCCAUCAUCACACAAUUUUAAUAAAUGUUUGUUGAUGCUGUCUAAAAAUGUGCUGCGCAUUGUGUCGUUUUCCUGAACAAGAUGUGUUUUCAUUGUGUAAUGAUUUACAUUUAUGUAACAAAUUUAGCUUAUCAGCGGUCCCCUGAGUGUCUUUAGUCCUUUAUGGUUUUAACAACCUAAUAGGAGUGAGGGCUCCAUCUGCUGGUGUGUGUAUCACGGUGCAAUACGUCCUCCAGUGACCUAAUGCUGAGGCUGUACAGUAUUUUUCAUGCAUUUAAUGGAGUCAUACUUGAAGUUGACCCAUUCAUUCAUUACUCCUUGGUAGAGCCAGCUUGUAUCAUAAAUUGCAUAUGCAGCUUCCUUAAUGCAUCCCUAAUUGCUGAGACUGUACAGUUUUAUGCAGGCGCAUACAUUUUAAGGCGUCAUACUUGAUCCAUUCAUUCAUCCCUCCUUGGUAACGCCACCAUGUACCAUAAAUCGUAUGUGUUUCCUUCAAUGCACCCCCACCUUUAUACUGUCCCACACCUAUUUUAAUGCAAAUAAGGGAUAGGCAGCAGACUGAAAUAUCAAAAUAGGCACUAGAUUAUAUUACUACUAUAUGACAAAUAUUGGAGAGAAUAGAUGAAAUGAUGUAUGCCUUCUUGCAAAAUAUGUGUCCACACAGUGCAUGCAAACUGAUAUGUUACAGUCGCAUUUGUCAGUAGUAAAGUUUAUGCCUCCUUUCUUUGACAGAAUAGGAAAAACAUUUACAACUUAUAUGGUCAUUUCUGCAACUGGCCAUGUUUUUAUACCUGGCAAUUUGUUCUAGACAUCAAAGCAUAAAACAUGUAUGGUUGAGAGCGUUAACCAAAAAGCAUGACACGCAUUAACGGUAAUGUCAGACUGGGAAAUAAAACUUUAUGGCUCAAGAAAAAAU